GACCCGGGGCUGGGAGCGAGGGGAGGUGGCGGCAGCAUUGCAUCCUGAGUAGAGGAGUCAGCUGAGCUUAGGAGUGCAGAGCACAAGGAGAGAGAAUACUUGAGCAGCAGCAGAGUCUUAGGAAUUAAUGGGACAUAUAAAGAACCGCUAAGCAUACAGGAUACAAAUGUGCCUUGUUUACCAGCACUGCUCCAAGUUCCCACCAGCAAGUUUUUAGCUUUCUCUACAAAUUGUUCUAUGUGAGGAACGCUGGGUGUAAGGAUUUUGCUGGGUAAAUGGAUAUUUAUAUUUUACUGCUAACUGGAGCUUGACCUAAGAAGAAGAAGAAAAGUGUUGGAAGUUUAAAAGCGCAGAAGGACUGGUUAAAGGGACUCUUGGCCAUUUGGGGGUUUGUGCCGUCCAGGCCCAUAGGACACAAGACAUCUAGCAGAAGUCUCAAAAGGUUGGAGAGCUAUUUAACGAACAGAUGGCGCUCUCUGGAUGCCCAGAUGCUUUUCUACAUCCCUACUACCAGGAUAAUGUGGACCAGACGGCUGCUUGCUCACAGAGAGGUUUGGUGGACACUGGCUACACAUCUAAACGUAUGUCUCUAAACCCAGAUGAUGAUGUUGAUCUAGAGGCUCUGGUUAAUAAUAUGAAUUCAUCGCUGGACAGCUUAUACUCCACAUGCAGCAGGGUGUCGGAAUCUGUACCACUUAUACAAAAUGGUCAGCUAAACCGAAGCAAGCUUUCAGACUCAGGAUCAAACACUCUUCCGUCCAUGCUACAAAGACAGAAGAUGCAGCGCUCCCAACCAGUGCAAAUUCAAGCAGUAAGACGUCUUCAAGAGGAACAACCACGCACAUCAUCUUUGCCAGCAAUUCCAAAUCCGUUUCCCGAGCUUUGCACUCCAGCGAGUUCUCCAGUACUUGCACCAGGAUCUUUACCUCAAAAUCAGCCGGUCAGCAAAAAGAGUGAUGCUGGAGAUCACAGACUUAAGGUUGAAGAGGUCAGACCACUCCAACAAUCUCCCCUAUCAAACUCUGGAACAGUGGCAUGCAUGGUUGUAAAAGUCUUUAGUGAAGAUGGGACAAGCAAAAUGGUGGAGAUUCUAGCAGACAUGACAGCCAGGGACUUCUGCCAGCUGCUGGUUUACAAAAGUCAUUGUGUGGAUGAUAACAGCUGGACGCUAGUGGAGCACCACCCUCUCCUAGGAUUAGAGCGAUGCCUUGAAGACCAUGAACUAGUAGGUAAAGUCCAGUCCAUGAUGACAAGUGAAAGCAAGUUUCUGUUCCGGAAGAAUUAUGCAAAAUAUGAAUUUUUUAAGAAUCCUGUGAAUUUUUUUCCUGAACAGAUGGUUGCUUGGUGUCAACAGUCAAAUGGUAGCAUUCCACAGUCUGAGUUACUACAGAAUUUUUUGAACACCAGCAGCUGUCCAGAAAUACAAGGCUUCUUGUAUGUUAAAGAGCUUGGAAAGAAGUCUUGGAAGAAACUGUUUGUGUGUCUGAGGAGAUCUGGACUUUAUUGCUCCACAAAAGGAACAUCAAAGGAACCAAGACACCUACAGGGAAUAUCAGACUUAGAAGAUAGCAAUAUUUAUUCAUUGAUAAGUUGUAAGAAAUUGUAUAAUUCACCAACAGACUUUGGAUUUUGUGUGAAGCCCAAUAGAGUCAGAACAGAUAUUAAGGAACUACGAUUUCUAUGUGCAGAAGAUGAACAAAGUCGGACAUGUUGGAUGACUGCAUUCAGACUGUUAAAGUAUGGCAUGCAUCUUUAUCAGAAUUACAGAGUUCCUCAACAGAAAAGUUUGCACACAAAUUUCUCCGCACCAAGAAGCGUGUCAGAAAAUUGCUUGGUUGCAAUGGAUUUCUCUGGACAGACUGGAAGAGUUAUUGAAAAUCCGUUGGAAGCACAAAGUGCAGCAGUGGAAGAAGGUCAUGCAUGGAGGAAGCGCAGUUCACGCAUGAAUGUGUUGGGUAGCCAAAGUCCACUCCAUCCUUCCACUCUUAGCACAGUAAUUCAUAGGACACAACCAUGGUUCCAUGGUAGAAUAUCCAGAGAAGAGUCACAAACAAUCAUUAAACAACAAGGGCUUGUGGAUGGCCUUUUUCUCCUUCGAGACAGUCAGAGUAAUCCAAAGACCUUUGUGCUUACACUGUGCCACCACCAGAAAAUAAAGCAUUUCCAGAUUUUACCGUGUGAAGACGAUGGGCAGAUGUUCUUUAGCCUAGAUGAUGGCAAUACCAAAUUUACAGAUUUAAUUCAACUUGUUGAGUUUUAUCAGCUAAACAAAGGAGUCCUGCCGUCCAAGCUUAAACACCACUGCAUCAGAGUGGCCUUAUGACCUCCGACAAAAGACUGUUUGGAUAAAGUGAAAAUUUGGACUAUGGGGAUGAGCCUGGGUUAUGUUGGGUGGGAAAGACUUUUUGUUUUUAGACAAGCACCUUCUGACUGGAUUAAUCAACUGGUGCCAACUCCUCACUUUUGGCUAGUUUCUUGUAGAUCUGCCAAACACCACCAUGUUCUAGCAUCUCCAUAAAGAAUAAGGUGGAAUGUAGACUGAGAAGUAAAAAUGCAAAACAGCCACAACUUUCUGUUUUCUUUUUAGGCUGGGCUGCUCACCAGAAACAAGCCUUGAACAAUAAUCCUGGGAGAGGUUGGAUAGGAAUGGGAUGUAGUAUAACAAGUGGGAGGGUGGGAAUACAGACUAUUGCCCUGGAGUAAUCUUGACAAUUAAGACUGGUUUGUUUACCUUAUAUAUAUUUUUUAAUACAUUUUUGCACUCCUGUUUUUUUUGUUUUUUGGGUUUUUUUUCGAUUUAUGUAUUACAGAAUUUUUAAAAAGCUAGUGUGGCAUUUUAGUUCAAGCAGCAAUUUGGUAUGCUGGAAAGUAUGAAAUGCUACAACCUAAAAGGAUUAUGGGGGAAGAAAAACAAUCAAGAAUUUUCUGCCAAGACUUAUGCUCCUGUCACCUGCAUGCAUCUUUUGGAAAACUGAGCAGGAGAUGGAAGCAGAUCUUAUUCCUUUUUCUCAUUCACUAAUAAGCAAAAUGGCUGUUAAAUGUCUGUCCUAAUAAGCUUGAGUCUGUAAGUGAUAACUAUGCAUAAAUGUUUGAACUACAGUUUCUUUCUACCUUAAAGUCAGCCUGUCUUGUUUAUCAGGAAAUGUCACUGUUUAUAAUACAAUACGAGGCUCAACGGCCAUGUUCUUUUAGAAGAGGCUGAGUAUUGGAGGGGGCGGGGCGUAUUGUCUACCUAGAAUAUCCGUUUAAUGGAUUUUUAAACAAUAUAUAUAUAUUUUUUUUGUGUAGCUUUUAGACCCCUGAGGCUUCCACUGCCAUAGGGGGACACUCAGUGAUUGCUAUGAUGCUCUUUUGAAAAUGGGAAUUUAAUGUAACAAAUUACUGGUUUAUGUGAUUUUGAUCUAAACUAUUCUCAGUUUAAAUCCUAUAUAUAGAAGAGCUACAGAAGAAUACAAUGCAAGGCUGCAUAUUUACUGGGGUAUCACGACCACAAAAAGCUUCAGUUAAACAUGUCAGCUGUACCAUACAACUACAGUAUGGAAACACUGUAUUUUAGAUUAUGGAACACAUUGUCAUUACUAUAUUCCAUGUAUUUGCCUCAUAAAAUGAAGAAACUUGA